AUGACAAGUCCAGUACAGCAAGGAUAUAUUAUCUCAAAUGAUCGUACAAGAGUAUUAACUAUCGAUUCAUCAGAUACUAAUAAGGACAGUAAAGAUAAAAUUACAGAAGAAAUAUCUAAUCUUUCAACCUCUACGACGGCCUUUAAUAUAUUAACUUCACCUACUAUACCUGAUGUGAUUGAGCCAAAAGAGUUCAAUGUUCAAAUAUUAAAACAACAAUGGCCAGAGUGUCGUGUAUAUCCUUUUCCAAAUAAAACAGAUGAUAACGAAAACCGGGUUUUUGUUGAUAUUAAAGAUUUGGCACAAUGUGGUGUAUUCAGUGGUGAUUGGGUAUUAGUAAGUGGAAACAAUCCUAAAAAAUCAAGGCUGUGUCGUAUAUAUGGUGUAGAUAUUGUUUCUGAGACUAAGUUUAAUAUUAGAAAUAUAGUAUAUAUCCCGCCUGCAUUAUAUUUUAACCUUGAUUUGCCACUUCCACCUAUAUCAGUUGAGAACGUUAAGAUAACUAUUACAAGAGUAAACGAUUCUCCCUUUGAUGGUCCAUCUAUAGCACAAGCUGUAACCAUUGCUCGUAUCGCCUCUCCAGCGUCUAUGGAUAAAGCUUUACAAUCAGCUUUUCUUGAAUCAUUGAAACUAUGGUUUGAAGCAAAAGAACGUAUUGUAUGCAAAGGAGAUAUCAUUACUAUUUGCCUUAAUGAAGAUAGCGCACGUAUGAAACCUCAAGAUGAUGAGUUUAACUUGACCAUUAUUCCUCAAUGUAAGCCUACAACUCUUGCUUACUUUAAAGUAACACGGCUAGAUUCAGAUGAUGAAGGCACUAAAAUUCAUCCUCAUUACUUUGGAUUUGGUCGUCGUAUUGUUCCUAGUAAAACACAAAUGAUCCAAACAGGCGUCGAAUAUUCACGUAUACCUAUAGGCCAUAUCUCAUAUUACUAUAAUCUUAGUGAGAAAUUACCCUUAGUUAGAUCAAACUCUGCUGCAUUCAAACAACUGUAUGAAUUAGUUUCUUCUUCUCUUCAUCCUCUGGGUCGUGACUUUAAAUUAUCAUGCAAUGUCUUAUUCCAUGGACCACGAGGUGGAGGAAAGACAACUUUAGUUAGAGAAGUAACUGAAAGCCUCGGUAUUCAUUUAUUUGAAUUCUCAAUAUAUGAUAUCAUUUCAGAUACAGAUGCUAAAACAGAAAUUCAUCUGCGUGCGAAAUUUGAUAAGGCCACUGCAUUAGCACCUUGUGUUGUCUUAGUUAGACAUAUGGAAGGAUUAGCAAAAAAAAGUGCUGUAAUUGAAUCUGGUCAAGAGCCCUUGUUAGCUACAGUUCUUCAAGAGUGUAUCAAGAAUGUGAAUUCUGCUCAUGCAACAACAGGCUAUCCUGUUAUGGUGGUUGCCACUACAGGUGAUGUUGAUGCACUGCCUUCGAGUGUUUUAUCAUGCUUUAGAUAUGAAAUUUCAAUGGGUGCACCUGAUGAAAAAACUCGUCUACAAAUACUUUCUAAUUUACUUCAUGAAAGCCCUUUAGCACCCGAUGUUUUUCUUCCAAGUUUAGCAACACAGACAGCUGCAUUAGUAGCUAAAGAUUUGGUUGAUUUGGUUAGUCGGGCAGAGGAUCAAGAAAAUAGUUCAUCAGAAAUAACCUCAAAUGUAGACAAUAUAAAAGCGCUUGAUAUUCAAGCUGCUGGCAUUGUACUGACUGCUGCUGAUUUUGAAGCUGCAUUAGGAGAAGCUAGAGCAAGUUAUUCUGAUUCUAUAGGUGCACCAAAGAUUCCUUCCGUAACUUGGGAUGAUGUAGGUGGAAUGGCACAUAUUAAAGAUGAUAUCCUUGAUACGAUUCAAUUACCUUUAGAACAUCCAGAACUAUUUGGAGCUGGUCUCAAAAAACGUAGUGGUAUUCUCCUUUACGGUCCUCCUGGAACUGGAAAAACAUUACUUGCAAAAGCAAUAGCUACAUCUUGCUCUCUGAAUUUCUUCUCUGUUAAGGGUCCUGAAUUACUUAAUAUGUAUAUUGGUGAAUCAGAGGCUAAUGUUCGUCGUGUAUUUCAACGUGCUCGUGAUGCUAAGCCAUGCGUUAUAUUUUUUGAUGAAUUAGAUUCAGUUGCUCCUAAGCGUGGUGAAAAAGGUGAUUCUGGAGGUGUAAUGGACCGUAUUGUUAGCCAGUUAUUAGCAGAAUUAGAUGGUAUGUCAGAAAGUGAUGAAGGUUCUGGUGCUGGUGACGUUUUUGUUAUUGGUGCAACAAACAGACCAGAUUUAUUAGACCCUGCAUUAUUACGUCCUGGAAGAUUUGAUAAACUUCUUUAUCUUGGUGUAAGUGAAGAUCAUGAAUCACAACUUCGUAUUAUUGAAGCAUUAACAAGAAAGUUCCGGCUUCAUCCAAAUUUAGAUCUUCGUAGAGUUGCUGAACGUUGUCCUUUCCACUAUACAGGUGCUGAUUUUUAUGCUUUAUGCUCUGAUGCCAUGUUGAAGGCAAUGACACGUGUUGCUGAUUCUAUUGAGAGCAAGGUUAAAAAAUUGAAUGAGGAAAAGCGUAUUGACCUUCCUCAACCAAUAACAGCACAAUACUAUUUAUCCCACUUAGUAACGCCUGACGAAAUUAUUGUCCAAGUAGAAGAAGCAGAUUUUGUAAAAGCCUUGGAAGAGCUAAUUCCAAGUGUCUCUGCUACGGAACUCAAACACUAUUCUAAGGUUAGAGAAAGAUUUGAAAAGACUAAAGACGAAGAUGAAAUAGACAAAGUAAUUACCAAAGAAGAAAAAAUAGAACAAAUGAUUGGAAAUUAUAAUGAAAAAAAAGAAGAGAACGUAAAGGCUGCUCUAAAGAGAAGAAAAGGAAAGCAACGAGCCGAAUAG